AUGAUUGACUAUGUCAACAUCAUGCUCACUGGCGUCCAGAGCCUCUUGGCGCUCGCCGCCGGCUGGGCAUGCGCCCGGUGGCGCGCGCUCGAUUCGGAGCCCGCCGUGCAGCAGCUCAACCUAUUCGUGCUGCGGGUGUGCAUCCCAGCGCUGCAGGUCUGGCUGCUGGCGGUGAAAACGGACAUGCGGCGGAAGGAAAACUGGAGCGUCCUCUGCGCCUUCCUAUCGUGGUCGCUCGGCCUGCAGCUGCUCUGCGCCGCCGGCCAGCUCGCCGCCCGCCGCCGCAUCGACCGCGCGCGGCUGGCGGUCGAGUCGCUGGUCCUGACCACCAACAACACGGGCAUCCUGGGGCCGGUGGUGUUAGAGGCCGCACUGGGGCCGCGGUACGCGCCACUGGGCAUGCUGGCCACGGUGGUGCUGUACUUCCAGCAGCUGCCCUCGGCCGCAGUGCUGUUUGAUGCGGCGCAGCGCGCACAGAAGUCAGAGGAGCACGAGUUGCUGCUGCCAUCGGUCAAAGCUGGCGCCGAGGCCGAGGGCGGCGCGGGACGACGCAGGGGCGGCGGGGCCUUAGCUGGGGCGCGAGGGAGGGGCCCGCAUGACAUCGUUGUGUGCAGUGGCGGCGGUGGCGUCCAUAGCAGCACGGCAGCCUCGACAGCACCAGCAGCAGCGCCAACAGCGGCAACGGCAGCGGCGCUGGCAGCGGCAACCGUAGCAGCAGCAGCUCCACAAUCGGGCACGGCGGAUCGCGGGGAGAGGGGCCCAGUGGCGGCUGCAGCGGUGGCAGCGGCGCCAGGUGGAGGAGGGGCUCUGCUGAUGAUGGCCCGGAACCCAAUGGUCUGGAGCACUGCUGCUGCGCUGCUGCUGUCCUGCCUGGGCUCCGCCGUUAUCCUGGAGCCCACCAGCCCCCGCCACCUGAGGGCGCUGGGCUUCGUGGAGCCGCUGCUGCGCUGGUUUGCGGGCUGCACCGCGCCUGUCACGCUCUUCUGCACCGGGCUCUGGGCGGAAGGGCAGGAGGCGGCCAAGGGGCCGGGGCAGAGAGAGCUGACGACAUUCCUCGUGCUGCGCGCUACCCUGGCCCCCGCCCUGAUGGCCUUGAUAGCGCGCCUCUCGGGCUUCCACGGCGACAUGGCGGUUGCCCUCGUCAUCCUGUCCAUCUUGCCGGUGGCGCAGACCGCAUUUGUGAUCUGCAAGCAGUACGAGACGGGGACCCACGCGAUUACAGCGGCCAUGGUGGCGUCGCUGCUGCUCAUGCUCCCGCAGCUGGUCGGGACGCUGGCGCUGCUCGAGCGCUGGGGCGCGUUCUUGUAA